AUGGACUCACCAGCAGCCUCUGAUGGUGUUCUCUUUCUAGGGAUUUGGGGGAUCAAUAGUAACACUACCACUACAUUGAUGAGGAGAGUUUCUAACAUGUUCUCCGACCAUUUCGAGAAUGUGUGUUUGAUACAAGUGAAAAGUUUGAGGAAACGAGGAAUGGUUUCACUUCAAAAACAGUUACUAGAGAAAGUUAGUAUGAAUCGGAAUUUGAAUGUUGUGAAUGUGGUUCGAGGAAUGAGUAUGAUAAUAAAGCAAAGGCUUUGUUUGAAGAGGGUUCUUGUCAUCCUUGAAGGUGUUGAUACUUUACAUCAAUUACGUGCAUUGGUUGGAUCGCGUGAUUGGUUUGGUUCUGGAAGGGAUGUAGUUGGUCCUUUUUCUGUUUUCCUUUUCCAUAAUGGAGUAAUAAAUAGGGUAGGUGAGGUUAAAUAUAUGGGUAGUGAUGUAGAAGUUUAUGACAGAAUGGAAGCUAGGGAAAUUUGUUUUCAAGUGUUGAAGGAUAUGAUUAAAAAUUUAGGGUAUUGUGAAGUAGGAACACUAAUAUAUUGCCUUUCCAAUGGUGGUUUGAAGUUGCUACAAUCUGACAUGGAUGUAAUAAAAAUAUUGAAUGAGGAGAACCCAGGCAAUAUGUUGGAGUUUUGGGUUGAAACAAUGGAUGAGGUGGACUUGAUUGAUGUUGAAAUGGAAGUAGAAGAGCAGGUUGCAGAACAACAGAAGGUUGCAGAACACCAGAAGGCUACAAAUUUAGCACAAGAAGCUAGAACUGUGGAUGAUGCUUGUGUGGAAAUUAGGAAAAAAAAAUGUAAGACAAAUGAUGAGGUGGAAAUUAAGUUUUCAGAUGAGGAGUCAAUUGUUGAUUCUGAUAGUGAUGUUGAGGGUAAGUGGCCUAUAUUUAGAGCUGCAACAGACAUGAAGGAUCCCUAG